AUGAAACAAAUUGCUUUUUUGAGUUAUAAGAUAGAGCCAAAAGAUAUAUAUGAACCGACUUUUGACCGAGAAAAAGGAGACCGCGACAUAAAAGUGCAAUAUCGAACUUCUAUUCGCUAG